AUGUGUUCUAACGAAGAUGAUGAUUUUGAGAUGCUUCGAAUAGUUAUCCACUAUUGGCUUUGCGAGCAACAUUCCCAUUGGUUCUGGCUGGAUUUCUACUAUGACCUAUGGGUUACGGAGAUCGGAUGCGAUGACGAGUUGGAUGAAAGUGUUGAGGACGAGCCAAACGAGAAUAUUGAGGACGAGUCAGAUGAGAGGGUUGAGGAUGAAUCUGAUGAGAGUGCUGACGAUGAGUCGCAUGAGAGCGCUGACGACAAGUCUCAUGAGAGCGUUGAAGAAUGCUCGAGCACUGAAUCUAACUCCGCUGUGGCUGCUAAAGAAUCUUCCAGCGAGAAGAAGAUGUUUGCGUCAGAGCACGGAGGCCCCAAUUCUCCGCCCAUUACCAUUAACAUCGCGAUCCAGGAAUACAACUACUACGCUGUCUCAGCUCAGCAAUCCAAGAACGAAAUCAUAGGUGGACUACCGGAAAGCCAAAGCACACCUCAAACUCCCCAAUCUUUACACAAUUUGGCACAAGGGGUUCUCCCCGCAUCGGUAUUGCGCCUUGUACCUGAAUCCCGAAAUCCCGGAGUCAGUGAGGUACCCGUCCGUUCAAGUACCCUUAAUCGGAACAGAAGCCAGCAAGAAACACCAAACCGCGGUACCACACCCACCCUCGAUGGUCUGGUAGCAGGUGUGAGCCGCCUGGAUCUCAAAGAUAGCCCCUUGGAGUCAAAACGAAAGCCGCGACGGGCGAAGAACGAUGCAGAAUCUUUAAACAGCCCUUUUGACAUCUUCAUCAAACGCCUCGUGCGUAAGCUUGAAAAGUGUCUGGCAAAAAAUCUCGGAGAGAGGUUGUCAAACGAGAUCAAGCUCGGCUACAUUUACGUUCUUACCUCUACCGAUAAGCCUGGACUCGUCAAGAUUGGCUACGCCGGCGACGAUCCUGAGAAGCGCAUUAAAGCUGAGGAUGUGCCUCACUUCAGACACGUUGAGAAGCUGAUUCAUUGUCAACUUGAUCCGCUAAUGAAGGAGUGGGAUUGCGAACCCGAGAAGAAUCGAACCCACAGAGAGUGGUUUCGAUGCAAGCCAGACUUCGCGGCCAAGGUUGUUGACACUUGGGCUGAAUGGAUGAAGGGGGAACCGUACGCGCAUGGCGUACUGCGGGAGAAGUGGGCCGCUAGAGUCUAUGAGGAGUUGGAGCGGGAUAAGCAGGGCCGGAAAGACGAGGUAUUCGUGGACAUGAUUGCACGGCAUCGAAGGCUAUUGGAGCAAACGUAG